CAGAAAGUCAUUUGUGGCAACUAUUUCACUUGACUUUAGCAAGAAAGGGAACUCCAAGGUUGAGCUCAUCAACAGCAGUGUGGGCUACAACAUCAAUCUACAUGCAGGUGUCAAGAUCAUGCAAUCCACAGUUCCUCCAAGGACCAAUGUAGCUGACAGUAUCUAUGACUUGAACCAAACAGGUCAGCCCAUUAGAAUGAAUUUGGUUCUUCCAGAAGUGGCACAGCUGUUGUUGAAUGCAGUCCUGUUUGCCUCCCUCAUUCCUUCCUAUGAACUGGGUCUUGUUGCAACCAAGAGUGCUUCCAUCAUGGUCACAUCCUGUGGCUUGGCAGCUGCCUUCAUCCUGCAAUUGCUCCUAUGGCUGCUCUUGACAUGGGCAGUUGAGAGGUUGCUAUUGACUUUGCCCAACCAUCUUCAAUUUAACCUGUUUGGGAUCUACCUCAACCAUGUCUGGAUUUUCCGCAAUCAAAACUGGCUUGUGUACCUUCUCUAUGGCACACCCAUGUUUGCCUACUUUGCUCGCUUCAUGGGAGCUGAAGUGGAUGGAGAGUUGUGGUACUUUGGCAACACACUUUAUGAAUGUGGCAAGCUUCAUUUCAAAGGAUGCACUGUUAUUGACAGCUCCAGCUUGAAUGGCCACUACAUUGAUGGCAAGGGGCUAACAAUCAAUGACACCUAUGUGUCUGGUGUGGUGCAUCCUGGAUGCUUUGCUGUUGCUGGCUCUGUAGUUGCUGGUGAAGAAAACGGUCCAUGGAAGGUCUUUUUGAACAACAACAACAACCAUACAGCAGCAGACUCUGCUUCUAUUGCCAAGCCAACAACAAGUGACGACGCACAAUUCGUGGAUGAAGCUUUGGCUUCAGCUGUUUAAUUAAUAAUUCAUUUUUCCAUUUAGCAA